GGCUGUGGCAUAAACCGGGUUGUUGCUAGAUUGAAUUGAGAUAUAGUGUGUUAAUAUAAUCUUAUGCUCACUUACGCCAUGAGGAACCUGCAAUAUACUAUCGUGAGUUUUCUUCUUUUUUACUGGAGACGGAGUUUAACAUAUGCACAAACAACAAAUAUUCUUUACCCGCAUGGCAUAAAUAACGGAGACGUCACCGCCCCGUUGAGUGACGACGGCAGCACGUCCGCCAUACCGCUCUCUACAGGUUUUCCAUACUUUGACCAACUUCACACCAGGGUUUAUGUCAAUACCAAUGGGGCCCUUUCAUUCUUGCGCCCCGUCUCUACGUAUACACCGCAAGCCUUCCCGCUGGGUUCCAACCGGAGGCUCAUCGCCCCAUUCUGGGCAGACGUGGACACGUUAAGAAACCACGGAAGAGUCUUCUACCGGCAGACGACAGAUUUAUCCAUACUGAACAGAGCUACGAGUGACAUUAGAGCGGCGUUCGUGUCACAGUCCAAGUUCACGGCCGCCUGGGCCUUCGUCUGCACCUAUGAUGACGUCACCUACUAUGGCGGGAACUCCUGGACUAAUACAAACACGUUCCAAGUGGUUUUGGUCACCAAUGGCCGCCAAUCGUUUGCCAUAUUCAACUACAAAGAAGUGACGUGGACCACAGGGGCAGGCAGUGGUGGCAGAGGUGGGCUGGGAGGAACACCAGCACAGGUCGGUUUUAAUGCAGGCGACGGUUUUAGGUAUUUCUCAGUGCCCGGAUCAAGAACGUCCGCUAUCGUCGACAUAGAGUCCACCACCAACGUCAACGUUCCCGGACGGUGGAUAUUCCGAGUAGACGACAUCGGUGUUGAAGCCGGUGGCUGCAAUGUGGGGGUUAAACUACGAAUCUCCCCUGUCAAAGGAAACGCGUUAGGAGGUACCGAGAUUCUAAUCUCUGGUCCAUGCUUUUUUAACUCCACGGGUCAGUUUCUGUGCAAGUUUGAUGACAUUGUUGUCCCAGGUCACUUUGUCAACACGCUGAGGGUCGCCUGCUACUCGCCGCCAUUGUUUAAGGCGGGCAACGCGGAGGUGUCAUUGCACGUUUCCCAAAACGGUGGGCAGAAUUUUAGUGAAGGAAGCGCGUUUGUUCCAGACAUGGAUGCCAUAAAUGAUCCUAAAAUUGUGCGAGUUGACGAAGAAAAGUGGGACAAGGGACCCUAUGUUAUCCAGUGGGACCCGGCAGAACUUGUAGCAUCGACCUUGGACCUGGACCUGCUUACUUUCAGUGAUGAAAAUCUGGAACUCGAUGAAAAGUGGAUCAAUAUUGCCACCAAUAUAUCGAACAAUGGUACUGUAGACUUAGACGACCUCCUCAACAGGAAAGGAAACUUUGGUGACGUAGCGGCAUUCGGAGCUAUUCGGUUAACUCCGGCAGGUUCCGCUUCAGGCUCAAACUACACGGCAGCUGCCAUAUGGUCUGAUAUCCAUGUACUACAGUGGUACAUAAAUGCCUACAUAGCAACCAAAAUAAAGCAAGGCCCACAGAACCAGCGUAAAAGAAGUAUCUUCGACGGUCUAGCAGCAGCCGUGGACUCCGCGAAAGACAUGAUAACCCAAGGGGCACAAAAAGCAUGGGCAGACGUUAAAAACGAAGUAGCGGAGAGGUUUAGGGAUGGAUUCCGAGGAGCCGUUGCCUACAGAUCUUCCGCCGUGCCCCGGUAG